GAGGGGGAAAAGGUGAAUAGGAAGAGAGAGCAAACAAAAGAGAGAGAGAGACUCACGUGUGAGUAUUGCUAAAGAGUGCUCCUAUUUAUAGGGAAGGAAUGUACACAGAGGCCUCUUGGAAAGAGACCAUAACAACAACACCCUGUAACAUGUCUACAAACACACAGUCCUAAAUUCAUCGACAUAAAGUACCGAUACCAAAGAGUGAAGGGUGAAGUAAAAUUUAAAAAGAUUAUUGUUGAAUUAUGCUGAUUGCUGUGCCAAGAGACACUUUUGAAGCCAUUGAUAGCAGAAAGAAAAGAAUCAUGGAGUGCCCAGUUCAGGAGGUCUUCCAUUAUAAGGACCAGGACCAUUUCCCUCAGCUGCUCCUGCAGCUCAACAGUUUGAGACAGGAGAGGGUCUUCAUUGACUUGCUCCUUUGUUCUGACAACCAGGAGAUCCCCUGCCACCGCAACAUACUAGUCUCAAGCAGUCCCUACUUCAAGGCCAUGUUCUGCAACAACUUCAGAGAGACCCAACAGAAUAAAAUCAACUUGAAGGGGGUCUCUGCCAACAUCCUAAGCUCCAUGGUGGACUAUGUCUACACGGGCCAAAUCACUAUCACCAUGGAGAACGUGCUGCCGUUGAUGCAGUCAGCAUCCAUGCUGCAGUACGGCCACCUGUUUGAGGCCUGCUCCGUGUUCCUCCAGGGCCAGCUGAGCCCAGACAAUUGCCUGAGCAUGGUGUGUCUGUCUAAGAUCCUCGAUUGCACCAGCCUGAGGGAGAAGGCCAGGGAGAUGGCCAUGAGGAGCUUCUCUGAUGUGGUGGAGUCGGAGGACCUGCGCGAGCUCUCGCUACCGGAGCUGAUGGGCUACCUGGAGGACGACCGCCUCUGUGCCGAGGAGGAGCAGGUGUUCGAGACGCUCCUGGCUUGGAUCCACCACGACCCCUUCUCACGGCACGGAGCCAUACAUGACCUCUUCAAGAAGGUUCGUCUUCGCUACAUCCACCCCACUUACCUGUUCCAGUUCAUCGCCAGUGACCCUCUCAUUCAGUCCUCCAGCUUAUGCACUGAGGUCAUCGAGUCCGUCCGCCGCCUUCUGUUCUCCGUCAGCUCCCUGGUUGCUGGCGACCUUAAUGCCCUGUGGGGAGCUCCACGUCGUUACGCCUGCCGUGAGACGCUGGUCCUGGUGGGAGGAAGGAAGAACAACGAGCAGACCUCCAGGGAAGCCAUCCUCUAUGAUGAGCAUACUCAGCGAUGGCAGUGGCUGGCUAAGCUGCCUGUCCGCCUCUACAAGGCCUCCUAUGUCAGCAUCCAUAGCAUUUUAUAUGUGCUGGGAGGCCUGCCCAUAAACACGCAACCCAGCCAGGUCUGCACAACCGUAUACACGCUCUCUCUUAAGACCAACCACUGGAGAGAGGCUGAGCCCUUGCUGGAGCCACGUUUCGCCCAUCAGAGUGUUUCCUACCUACACUUCAUCUUCGUUCUGGGGGGCAUCGGUCCAGACAGGAGGGUGUGUGACUCAGUGCAGAGGUACAACAGCAUGUUUAACCAAUGGGAGGCCGUGGCGCCCAUGCCUGAGGCUGUGCUCAACCCGGCUGUGGCUGCCCACAAUCAGAGGAUCUACAUGUUUGGAGGAGAAGAUGCCAUGCAAAACCCUGUCAGGAUGAUACAGGUGUACCAUAUUGCCAGAAAUCUAUGGUCUAAUAUCGAAACCAGAACAGUGAAGAAUGUUUGUGCCCCUGCCACUGUUCUAAAUGACAAAAUCUACAUUAUUGGAGGUUACACCAGGAGAAUGAUGGCCUAUGACACCAAAGCCAACCGGUUCAUCAAGUGUGCCAACCUGAAGGAGCGAAGGAUGCACCACUCUGCCGCUGCCCUCAACAACAAGCUCUACGUGACAGGGGGACGCUACAUUAACGGACAGGAUGUUAUCGAGGACUCUGACAGUUUCGAGAGCUAUGACCCAAAGACAGACACAUGGACCUCAAAAGGGACACUCCCCUACAAACUAUUUGACCAUGGCUCCCUGUCCAUGAUAUCUAUCUCUGACAAAUCAAACCCUUCUUGAAAGCUUCCUGUGUACUAUACGUCACAAUCCUGCUCCCAUACAUUCAACAGCCAUAUAGAAGUAUUUGCAUAGUAUUGUGUAUUUUCAGUAUUUGCAUAGUAUUGUGUCUGGUGCAAUGUGAUUCAAGGCAAUGUAUAAUGUCCAGCUGUUAAGCAACAAGCCUGAACAAGCCUGAGAUCAAUGCUAGUCUGAACAUGUGAAAGAGCUAGAUCUAUCUUUAGAGCAUGUGGCAUAAAUCAUUGCCUGUUAUUUGAGAAUGCCCGUUAUUAUUUAAACAUUCCUUAUGUUGAUGACAUUGCUGAUCUUACAGUUAGCAUUUAUAGCUUACUUGAUCAUUAAUUUAAAAAUGAAAUCCACAAAACGGAAAUAGCACAGGGAUAGCAUGAGCAGAAAAUUUAAUUGGUUAUUACUGCAUUGUUUGCUACCUUAGCAAACCUCUUUGUGUUGCCUCAUAGAUUUGGGGUGUUGUAUUGAUUCAUUUAUGUGAUUUCGUAUUUUUGUAUGUAUUUUCUUAUUAAUAAAAGCUAGUUUC